CCCAGCCGCCGCCGCCGCCUCCCCCUCCAUGGCCGCCGCUCUCGCCGGCUGCAUUGUGGGAAGCUGACCUCACUCGCUGCUGCCGCCGCCCCGCCGGCUCCGGCACUCGCCGCCAUGGGGGCCGUGACCGACGAUGAAGUUAUCCGCAAGCGACUUCUGAUCGAUGGCGAUGGUGCUGGCGACGACAGGAGGAUCAAUUUGUUGGUGAAGAGUUUCAUUAAGUGGUGUAAUUCCGGAUCUCAAGAGGAAGGUUACAGCCAGUACCAACGAAUGCUGAGUACUUUAUCACAGUGUGAAUUUUCAAUGGGAAAGACUCUUCUGGUGUAUGAUAUGAACCUGAGAGAAAUGGAAAAUUAUGAAAAAAUCUAUAAGGAUAUAGAAAAUAGUAUAACUGCAGCACAUGAGAAGAUUUCUGAAUGCAAAAAACAAAUCCUGCAAGCAAAAAGGAUUCGAAAAAAUCGCCAGGAAUAUGAUGCAUUGGCCAAAGUCAUACAACACCAUCCAGACAGACACGAAACACUGAAGCAGCUAGAAGCUUUGGGAAAAGAACUUCAACAUCUUUCUCACAUUAAAGAAAAUGUUGAAGAUAAGUUGGAGCUGAGAAGAAAGCAGUUUCAUGUUCUGCUGAGCACCAUCCAUGAGCUUCAGCAAACCCUGGAAAAUGAUGAAAAACUUUCAGAAGCCGAAGAAUCUCAAGAAACUCAGAUGGAAACAGAGACCAAACAGUAGAUGUAAUACGAAGACUGACUAUACUACUGAAGAAUGUCCAAGUGUCUUCACUUUGUGCUGAAACCAACAGUAAGAGAGAUGGAGCCGAAGAAGUUUUCUACUUCUUCUGUGAUUUUUUUUUUUAAUACAAAAAUAAUUGUUUUGCUUAUGUUUCGGGGGAAACAGUUACAGAUCUGUGCAGACAGGCACUUCGCGUUAGUCCAAAAACUUUGUAAUUUGUGACGAAAAAUAUAUUUUGUUUUAUAAAGGAUGAAGCUUCUGCACAGUACUUGUGAACUAAGGUGUUUGCAAAACACUGUCAAUAAAAGGGGUUU